AUGUCUUGUUCAAAUGAUAAGGUACCUGAAUUCCUCACGCUUGUAUAUGGACCUCGAAAAGAAACUAAGAGAUGCCGGGUAUGGAAUAGAUUGAGAAGUUUGGCACCUUUUGUAAAUGGUUCUUGGCUUUGUGCUGGGGACUUUAAUGAAGUUUUGAACCAGAGUGAGAAAUUGGGGGGAAAUCCAAGGGCUGCCAGGAAAAUUCUCAGAUUUCACAAGAUGAUUAGUGAUUGUGAAUUUAUGGAUCUGGACUUCAAAGGUUCAAGGUUCACUUGGGUGAAUGGCAGAAUGGGAGAAAAUCAUAUUAAAGAAAGGAUAGACAGGGUUUUUGGAAAUGGUGUUAUGAGAGAAAAAUUUCCAAAAGCUAUGGUUUUUCAUUGUGAGCCUGUGGGAUUUGAUUGUCACUCAUUUGUGGUGAACCUGAAUUACCAGCAGGAUAAAAAUCCCAGAUUAUUCAGGUUUGAGCCGUAUUGGUGUGAGCAUGAGGAAUAUGAUGGGGUGGUUAAUAGAAGCUGGAGGUCUGAUAAGUUUUUGAGUAAUGGUAUGGCAGAUGACCUGUCCUUUAAACUUGUGAACUGUAGCAAGGCUUUAAAGAAGUGGAGCAAGAAAGCUUUUCCAAAUAAUAGGAAAAGAAUUAAGACUUUCAUGAGCAAAUUGGAAGACUGUAAUAAACAGAUUCUAUCUGAAGAGAUUGUGUUGCAGAAGGAGGUGAUUAUCUACACUAGUGCAAGGGAUCUCACUGAGGCACUCUGUUAUGUUGACUGCAAAAUAACUGAAACUGAUAAUAUGUGGUUGUUGAGAAAUGUAACUAAAGAAGAAGUGAAGGCAGCUUGCUUUCAAAUGGGUGGAAGGAAGGCCCCUGGACUUGAUGGUUUCAUUAGGCAAUUUUUUCAUUGUUUAUGGGAGACUGUGGGAGAUAAGGUGUUUGAAGUAGUGAAGAACUGUGUGGAAAAUGGUGAACUGAUUUACCCAUUUAAUACCACUAAUUUGGUGAUGAUACCUAAAAUUGACAAACCGGAAUUGGUAACACAGUAUAGGCCUAUAAGUCUUUGUAAUUACUGCUACAAAGUAGUUUCAAAGGUUCUGACAAAUAGAAUGAAAUCUUUCAUGCUGAAAAUUAUCUCUAAAAAUCAAUGUGCUUUUGUUGAAGGAAGAAUGAUACAUGACAACAUCAUCUUGGCUCAUGAGGCUUUCCAUUAUUUGAAAAGAAGGAGAAGAGCAAGCAGUUGCGAAUAUGCUUUGAAAAUGGAUAUGAGUAAAGCCAAUGACAGAAUUGAAUGGGAUUUUUUAGAGCAAGUAAUGCUGAAGUUGGGGUUUGAUUCAAAGUGGGCGGCUUGUGUCAUGAAUUGCGUCAGGUCAGUGAAAUAUUCCUUUACGCUCUCUGGCAAAAGGAUAGUGGAGGUGGUUCCGGGGAGAGAUGAUUCUUUGUUCUUUAUAAAGGCUUCAAGAAGAAACUGUCAGAAUUUAAAGAAGAUUUUUGCUGUGUACGGUAGUGCUUUAGGACAGAAGGUAAGGGUGUGGGAAGAUUGGUGGAUAAGGGAAGGUGUGCUAAAACAUUCUGCUAGCAAUCCUCCUUUUGACUCUGAGAUGUUGAUAACUAGAGGAUGGAUGAGGGAGAAAGAGUUAAAGAAUCUGUCAAAAACCUUAGGGAAUUGGAAAGUGCCUGAUGCUGGAAUAAUUAAGGUGAAUGUAGAUGGUUCUUUUAUGACAAAAAUGGAGAGAGUAGGAAUUGGGAUAAUUUUUAGGAAUGAGGAAGGCAAGGUUCUGCAGAUGUUUGCUAAUAAGAUGCAAGCUCCUUCUGUGUUUGUUUUUGAAGCUCUUGCUGUCAGGAAAGCUUUGGAGUUGAUAAGCUUGAGAGGUAAUGGCAAUUUCUUCGUUGAAACUGAUUGUGAUGUCCUUUUUAAAGCAGUGAAGAAUGGUACUAGUGCAAACUGUGAGUGGCAAGCUCAGGCGGUGAUUGAAGAUAUUAUUAGGCAGCUGAAUUCUUGCACAGGUGCUAAACUUGGUCUCAUUUCUAGAUCAAGUAAUAAGGCUGCAGAUUGGUUGGCAGUCUCAGGCUCAAAGGGGUGA